GCGGGGCCAGCGCUCGGCGGGGGCGAAGCGGGACGGCAGCGGGACGGGAGUGGCCGGGACGAUGCUGGAAGCGGCGGCGGAUCCGGAGCUGGAUCCCGAGGAUCUGGUGCAUUUCUCGGUGGGAGACCUGCCCAGCCGCGGCUAUGGAGUGAUGGGAGAGAUCCGGCGGCAGGGAAAGCUCUGCGAUGUGACGCUCAAGGUCGGGGACCACAAGUUCAGCGCUCACCGGAUCGUUCUGGCAGCUUCCAUCCCUUAUUUCCACGCCAUGUUCACCAACGACAUGAUGGAGUGCAAGCAGGAUGAGAUCGUCAUGCAGGGCAUGGAUCCCAGUGCGCUGGAGGCUCUGAUCAACUUCGCCUACAACGGGCACCUGGCCAUAGACCAGCAGAACGUGCAGUCCCUGCUCAUGGGGGCGAGUUUCCUGCAGCUGCAGAACAUCAAGGACGCGUGUUGCACCUUCCUCAGGGAGAGGCUUCAUCCCAAGAACUGCCUGGGUGUGCGGCAGUUUGCCGAGACCAUGAUGUGCACGGUGCUCUACGACGCCGCCAACAGCUUCAUCCACCAGCACUUCGUGGAGGUCUCCAUGUCCGAGGAGUUCCUGGGCCUGCCCUUCGAGGAUGUCCUGGAGCUCGUCUCCAGGGAUGAGCUCAACGUCAAAUCCGAGGAGCAGGUGUUUGAAGCUGCCCUGGCCUGGAUCCGGUACGACAGAGACCAGAGGGAAUCCUUCCUGCCCGAGCUGCUCUCCAAAAUCCGGCUGCCCCUGUGCCGGCCGCAGUUCCUCACGGACCGCGUGCAGCAGGACGACCUGGUGCGCUGCUGCCACAAGUGCAGGGAUCUGGUUGACGAAGCCAAGGAUUACCACCUGAUGCCGGAGCGCCGGCCGCACCUGCCGGCGUUCAAGACGCGGCCGCGGUGCUGCACAUCCAUCGCGGGGCUGAUUUACGCCGUGGGGGGACUCAACUCAGCAGCAAAUUUCUAUGCAGGCGACUCUCUGAACGUGGUGGAGGUGUUUGACCCCAUUGCCAACCGCUGGGAGAAGUGCCAGCCCAUGGCCACGGCGCGGAGCCGCGUCGGCGUGGCCGUGGUCAACGGGCUGCUCUACGCCAUCGGCGGCUACGACGGCCAGCUGAGACUCAGCACCGUGGAGGUUUACAACCCUGACAGUGAUUCCUGGUCCAAAGUGGAAAGCAUGAACAGUAAAAGGAGCGCCAUGGGGACGGUGGUGCUGGAUGGGCAGAUCUACGUGUGCGGUGGGUACGAUGGAAACUCAUCCCUCAACUCGGUGGAGUCCUACUCUCCAGAAACAAACAAGUGGACAGCAGUGACCCCCAUGAGCUCCAACCGCAGCGCUGCCGGGGUCACCGUGUUCGAGGGACGGAUCUACGUGUCCGGAGGGCACGACGGGCUCCAGAUCUUCAACAGCGUGGAAUACUACAACCCGCACACCUCCAGCUGGCACGCGGUGUCGCCCAUGCUGAACAAGCGGUGCCGGCACGGCGCAGCCGCGCUGGGCAGCCGAAUGUUCGUGUGCGGCGGCUACGACGGCUCCGGUUUCCUCAGCGCCGCCGAGGUCUACAGCUCCGUGGCCGACCAGUGGUACCUGAUCGUGCCCAUGAACACCCGGCGCAGCCGCGUGUCCCUCGUGGCCAACUGCGGCCGGCUCUACGCCGUGGGCGGCUACGAUGGACAGUCCAACCUCAGCUCGGUGGAGAUGUACGACCCCGAGACCAACCGCUGGACGUUCAUGGCGCCCAUGGUGUGCCACGAGGGCGGGGUGGGCGUGGGCUGCGUGCCGCUGCUCACCAUCUGAGCCUCGCCGGGGGAUUUUGGGGGCGUCUCGUCGGCGACGAGCGUGCCAGGAUUUCCAGGUGCUCCAUCCGAACGCUGAGGAACUUGAGGGAGUGAUCCCCACACGUAAUUUUUUGGGUUGAAGGUCCUGAAAGGUCAAAUGUGGUGAGUUUAUGUGCAAGCUAAGAUGUCGAGGCCUCCCCCAGAGCUGAGGCCGAGCUCAUCCAUCCAUCUGUCCAUCCAUCUGUCCAUCCAUCCAUCCAUCCAUCCAUCCAUCCAUCCAUCAUCCAUCCAUCCCUCAGCGGUUGCGUCUUUGGGAAGCGCCGUUGUGGGCUGGGGGAAGGUGCCAGGCUUCAUUGUAACAUAAAAACUGCCACAUGGAAGACCUGGAAAAUCCACCUGCACCUUGUGGGAGCAGCAAAACCACCUUGAGCCCCCCCUGCCAGGGGUGUCAGCAGCGAUUUGGGGGGUCCUGGUCGCACAGGGGGGUCUCCAACCAGGACAAACGUGGAGCUGUGGCCUCCGGGAACUUCUUACACAAGACACCCCCAGUUCCUCGUGCUUUCCUCAGCUUGAUGUGGAAAACUUCUCCACAAGAGCCACAGGAUGGAGAAACCAGGAAGAGGAAAAGUUCCGUUAAACCAGGAUCAUUUGGGCAAGCUCUGGAGAAGGAUGGAUGGAAACGACUGCAGGCAACAGCCUGAGGGUUUCAAAAUGGGAAACAGACUAUCAGGAUGUCCUUUAAAUUAAAUAUCGAGGUGUUUUCCAAGCCUAAGAAGCAGCUGGAGCAGAAAGGCUGGGAUAUUUUAGGAGAGGCAAGGAAAAUACGUCGCAAGUUUGUCGUGCUCUGCUGGGAAAGUUCUUUGCCAUGGGUGUUGUGCCAGGAAACUUUGGAAUGCUGGCAGAGCCAAAGAGCUGCCUGGCAGCAUCUUCCCUGCAUCAGCCCUUCAGCUCCUCUCCUGCAUGAUCCGUGAUCCACGAUCCCUCCGGAGCUCUCCGUGCCCGGCUCUUCCCGUGCCACCCUGGGCACAGCCAUACCUCCUCCGGGCAGGCAGCAGGAACCUGCUCCUGGCUGCGAGGGAUUUGGGAUCUCCCCCACUCCGUGUCCAUCCCGGCGUUCCGAGGGGCUGGGAGGAGCGGGAUGUGCCCCCCAACCCCGCUCCUGUCUCCGUUCCUGCUCCCAGCAUCCCUGGGAUUGACUCUGGCUGUACAUGUGGAUGUCAAUAUUGGGGUACUGUGUAUAUUUUAGGGUCUAUAAUGAGCAUAUCUGGGUAUAAAUGUGAUCUAUCAGUACAUAUCCGUUUCUCCCACAUCUAUCCACUGCUGGCUUCCCAGGAACGGGAAUCCUUUGGACUUUUCUGUGCUGCUCAGACUUUAAAAUGAAAACAAAAAAAAACCAAAAAAAAAAAA